AUGUCCAGUCCCUGUCCAACCCCUGUCCAACCCCUGUCCAACCCCUGUCCAGUCCCCUGUCCAACCCCUGUCCAACCCCUGUCCAGUCCCCUGUCCAGUCCCCUGUCCAGUCCCCUGUCCAACCCCUGUCCAACCCCUGUCCAGUCCCCUGUCCAGUCCCCUGUCCAACCCCUGUCCAAUCCCUGUCCUGUCCCCUGUCGAGUCCCCUGUCCAACCUCUGUCCAGUCCUCUGUCCAACCCCUGUCCAACCCCUGUCCAACCCCUGUCCAACCCCUGUCCAGUCCCUGUCCAGUCCCUGUCCAAACCCUGUCCAGUCCCCUGUCCAACCCCUGUCCUGUCCCCUGUCCAGUCCCCUGUCCAACCUCUGUCCAGUCCUCUGUCCAACCCCUGUCCAACCCCUGUCCAAUCCCUGUCCUGUCCCCUGUCGAGUCCCCUGUCCAACCUCUGUCCAGUCCUCUGUCCAACCCCUGUCCAACCCCUGUCCAAUCCCUGUCCAACCCCUGUCCAACCCCUGUCCAGUCCCUGUCCAAACCCUGUCCAGUCCCCUGUCCAACCCCUGUCCUGUCCCCUGUCCAGUCCCCUGUCCAACCUCUGUCCAGUCCUCUGUCCAACCCCUGUCCAACCCCUGUCCAGUCCCCUGUCCAACCCUUGUCCAAUCCCUGUCCAACCCCUGUCCAACCCCUGUCCAGUCCCCUGUCCAACCCCUGUCCAAUCCCUGUCCAACCCCUGUCCAACCCCUGUCCAGUCCCUGUCCAACCCCUGUCCAGUCCCCUGUCCAACCCCUGUCCAGUCCCCUGUCCAACCCCUGUCCAGUCCCUGUCCAGUCCCCUGUUCAACUCCUGUCCAGUCCCCUGUCCAACCUCUGUCCAACCCCUGUCCAGUCCCCUGUCAAACUUCUGUCCAGUCCCCUGUCCAAACCCUGUCCAGUCCCCUGCCCAACCCCUGUCCAGUCCCCUGUCCAGUCCCCUGUCCAACCCCUGUCCAGUCCCCUGUCAAACUUCUGUCCAACCCCUGUCCAGUCCCCUGUCCAACCCCUGUCCAGUCCCCUGUCAAACUUCUGUCCAGUCCAACCAUUGGAUUAGCCAUUUAUGCUAA